AUGGCGUCUCGGCCUGCCCUGUCAAAUGGCUUCUGCGAGCGCGCCUUCGGCGGAAUAGAUGGCUCCGAUGUGGACGCGGCCGCCGCGGCCCUGCAGGAACGCCCCACCCUUCAACUUGUGUCCUUCAAGGCGCCCGGCCCCUCGGGACUGCGAAUCGCCCAACUCUCCGACGGCUUUCACUCCUUCCCGGCGGUGUUUGUCUCGUCCCUGAACCACAUGUUCAGCGGCUCCCCCGGGGCCGGAUCGGCCCCUCUCAAGGGCGGGCUCCUGCAAGAGGGGUCGGUCAUCUGUGUCACCAACCAUUCGGUCAUGACGCAGCCCAAGUCCCUCUCGCGCUUUCUCCUUGUCCAGGGCAUCGACAUCAUCGGCCACCAGCCGAUCCUCGGCAACCCGCUGAAGUUCCUGCCCUCGCCAGGAAGUGCUGAUCAGCCAGCGGCAACCCCCUCCACCUCGGCCCCGCCGCUCGCCCCAACGCCGGGCCGCGCCCCGGAGACCCCCUCCCGCCGGCUUUCCGCCAUGUCCGUUCGCUCUCCUGGCCAGGCUGAUUCCAAGCUACCGGCCGAUGUGCCCGUCAUGUCGCUCAAUCCGUACCUCCGGCAGUGGACCAUUCGCGUGCGCGUGAUGGCCGUCGAUCCGCUGCGCUCCUUCAGCAAUGACCGUGGCAGUGGGUUUGUUUUCUCCGCCGAGGUGGCCGAUGCCUCGGGCUCAAUUCGUGUGGCCGCCUUCAAUGAUGUGGCAGAGACCAUCUCAAAGCAGCUUGUUGUGGGCCAGUCGGUCAUCCUGUCCCGCGGGAUGGUCCAAGUCCCGCGACUCGCCCGGCCCAUCAUCGGCACCGAAAGCCGGUAUGAGAUCCGCCUGGACAGCCGGGCCCUGAUCGACCCGUGCGACCCGGUUGAUGGGCCACCCGGCUCGGAUACCCACAUUGCCGGGCCCACCACAGCCCAGGUGUUUGCCGAGCGAGUCUGGACCCCCAUCAAUGCCCUCUCUGGCUUUGGCACCGGCCACAUCGUCGACCUUCUCGCCGUGAUCACGGACAUCCGGCCCCCGGUAGCUGUGAUGGCCAACGGUGAAAUGGUCCUCCGGCGCAUGGUGCAAGUGGCCGAUCCGUCCGGGGUUUCCUGUGCGGUUACCUUCUGGCGCGACCAUGCGCUCGAGCUUUCCCGCAUCAUCGGCGACGUCCCGCACGGCGUGGCCGAUCCCUCGGAGGUCGUCCGCAUGCACCAGCCCGUGGCGGAGCCCCCACUGGCCGAGGACGUGGCCUCCACCUUCAGCCGACCUCUUGGCGUCGGGUCGGUCCUCGGUGUGCGCUCCCUUCGACUGGUGGAAUACCAGGGGACCUAUUCGCUGUCCUCGAUGCAGCACUCGACGCGUCUCUUCCGCAUGGGUGCCGACGCGCAUACCGAACCGCUGGCUCGCUGGUUCCUUGAGGAUCUUGGCGGCCCCGCUGGCGCGCGGCAACUUCGGAAUAUCUCCUCGCUGCGGGAUGCCGCGGCCGCGGCCUCCUCCGGCGAAGGGAGCUCCUCCUUCGGGCCAGGUGGCGGUGACGCCCGGCAAUUGACAAACCCCAUCUACCUGGGCCAGAUCCAACAGAAGCUUCAAAACUUGAAGCCCGGCGACCCGGCGAUCUUCUCCACGAUUUGCCUCACCCCGGUGCGCCUGAUGAUUCAGGCCCCCCUCACGUAUCCUGCCGAUGAGAAUGGCAACAAGGUGCGGCCAGUUCUCGGGGCGACCACCGGCAGCAUCCAAUGGUCCAGCGCUCGGACGGGUGCCCUGCUGGACACCUUCGAGCACCGGUUCAUUAUCCGCCUCCGGAUGGCCGACGCCUCGGGCAACAUUUUCGUCAAUGCCUUCGCCGCUCAGGCCGAGCCCAUCAUGGGCAUGACGGCCGAGGAGUACUUCAACCUUCGCUUCGGGCCGAAUGUUGGCAUGCGCGACCGGCGCUCGACCCCGACCGUGGCCGCCAUCGAUCCCGAGGCGGAUUUCGAGGCCGAUCUCGAGGCCGCCUUCGAGGCCAAUCUCGAGGCCAAUCUCGAGGCCGAUCUCAAGGCCGAUCCCAAGCCCGGGCCGGGCUCCGAGUCGGGCCCCGGUGCCGAUGUCAAGACCGAACAUGCGGAUUCCGGCUCCCCCGCUGUCGAACAUCCGGCUGUGGCCCUCCUCCGCAGCACCACCAAACUGGAUGGUCUUCUGCCCGAGCAGGCGCAGCAAAUUUUGGACCUGACCGCGGAGGACCUGCAGGAUUUGGUGCCGGCCGCAUUGGCCGCGCACGAGCGGGUCUCUUUCUCUCGGCCUCUGGUGGCGCGGAUUCGCAGCCGGGCCGAGAUCUACAAGGAGGAGGUCACCAUUCGCCACCACCUGAUCGCCGUGCGGCCGGUGGACUUCGUGCAGGACGCGCGUCACCUCAUCCAGGCCAUUCAUACCUACCUUUCCUGA